GUGCAUCGUACGAGCGCGCCGACACGGUCCAACCUGUUGGACUGCGAGCGUACCCGCAUCCAACAUCGUCGUCGCCGUCGCCGCCGUCGACGUCCUCCGAUCGUGUGGUCGCCGUCGUCGUCGCCGUCGCCGUCGUCGGGAUGGCACUUUUCCGCUGCGAGCGUUGCGCCUCGCGUUCACGUCGCGCUCAUUUUUGACACGCAACUAUUUCAACACACCAUCAGUUUCUUUUGCCGCCGAAGCUAGAGGAAUAAGUUAAACAUCCGCGUGUGUAGUGCUUUUUCGUAGAAUUAUCACACACGGAACUAAACUAAAGAAAAAAAGAGGAAAAAAAGGACAAGAAUCGCGUCAUUUUGCUCAAAACUGCUGUUAGUUAAACUAAAACUAGUUAAACUUAAAUGAAACAAUUAAAGCAAGCGCUGAAAGCAACCAUGAAUUAAUAAUUCGAACGUAAAAUCUUCCAUUUUUUACUUAAACUUGAUAAAAGAAAUUGCUUUGCAUCACACAUUAAUCGGUAUUAUAAACGCGAGAUAAACUAAACGUAAGCGAGCGACGAAACAAUAAUAUUAUAACUAAUAACUAGAUAGUAAUUAAACAAUUUACGCGUAGAAAUUUCUGGCGACAGAUUCGAGCUUAAACGUAAAUCAUAAAAAAGCCGUCGUAGGAAAAAUUAUUCGCUAUUGUCUCCAAUUACAAGCAUAAUUCGAUAUUAAAUUAAUCUACCCUCCCAAGGAUAAAGACGCAAAACUUACCUAAACCUUAAAAAAAAUCAAUCCAAAUAAUAAUCUUCGACAUUUUUGAUUAAAUUUAAGGCGGAUCGAGGCAAGGCUUUAGCGCGACGCGUUCCAUUUUGAAUUUUACAUUUUUUACCUCUUGAUAAGUACCUAAUAAACAGCGUAACAAAUUAAUAAACUCGUAAUCGUAAUCAUAUCAUAAUCGUUUCCCCGAAGCAAAAGAAAAACAAAUAAAAAGCAAACACUAAACGCAAUACAAGCACGGGGCGGGCGAAAACUUUUCCCGAACGGAAUUGAAUGCAAAAGUUUUCCACCUGUUCGGCUGUUUACACAAAAACGGCCACAAGUUGCCAACUCGAACGGAAAGCGAUUGAAGAAACGAGCGAGCGAAAAAACUCCAUUCCAACAUAACCUAUAACCUAUAUUUAUAUUGAUAUAAGCAAACACCCGGUCCAUUUAAAAGUAGUGCUUGAUUAUCUAAGUAUUAAAGUUACCAGUAACCAUAAGCGAUGUCGAUUGUGAUGGGUGUGCAUUGGAGUGAUCAGAAUGAUGGGCUUAAGCGUGUUUAAACAACGCCAGUGCGCGCCGUGAUUUCGCUAACCGAUUGAUUUCGAGAUGUGGGAAGGACUUAGUUGGCCUUAAGUGGGCCUGUGCCUGAAUUUCGGUUCGGUUCCGUUUUUGAUACCAUAGUAAGGUCCCGGGUGCCCACCCGGUAAUGCGCUGCAGUCAUGACGAUGUGGCAAGGUGGGAUGGCGAGCCAUGGGGGGAAGAACAACGCCUGGAUGAAGCUGAUGGGCAUCGUCCAGAAGGGGCCAAGGCAUCACGAUGCCAUGCCCACUACCGACAAGACCCUCAGCCAGUCGCUGCCCAAGCUCAGCAGCCAGGAAGAGGACGGGCACACCCCCCACUCCCAGUUCACCGGCGUCGCCCACUUCGAGCCCAUCCCGCACGACCACGACUUCUGCGAGAGGGUCGUGAUCAACGUGAGCGGGCUGCGGUUCGAGACGCAGUUGCGCACGCUGAACCAGUUCCCCGACACGCUGCUGGGCGAUCCCGCGCGCCGCAUCCGCUACUUCGACCCGCUGCGCAAUGAGUACUUCUUCGACCGCAACCGGCCCUCCUUCGACGCCAUCCUCUACUACUACCAGAGCGGCGGCCGCCUCCGCCGUCCCGUCAAUGUGCCGCUGGACGUCUUCUCCGAGGAGAUCAAAUUCUACGAGCUGGGCGAGCUCGCCAUCAACAAGUUCCGCGAGGACGAGGGCUUCAUCAAGGAGGAGGAGAAGCCGCUGCCUUCGCACGAGUUCCAGCGCAACGUGUGGCUGCUGUUCGAGUAUCCGGAGUCGUCGCAGGCGGCGCGCGUCGUCGCCAUCAUCUCGGUGUUCGUCAUCCUGCUGUCGAUCGUCAUCUUCUGUCUGGAGACGCUGCCCGAGUUCAAGCACUACAAGGUGUUCAACACCACGACCAACGGCACCAAGAUCGAGGAGGACGAGGUGCCGGAGAUCACCGACCCGUUCUUCCUCAUCGAGACCAUCUGCAUCAUCUGGUUCACGUUCGAGUUGUCCGUGCGCUUCCUGGCGUGCCCCAACAAGCUCAACUUCUUCCGGGACGUCAUGAACAUCAUCGACAUCAUCGCCAUCAUUCCGUACUUCAUCACGCUCGCCACCGUCGUCGCCGAGCAGGAGGACACCGCGCACAUACUGCGCGCGCCCGUCUCGCCGCAGGACAAGAGCACCAACCAGGCCAUGUCGCUGGCCAUCCUCAGGGUCAUUCGGCUCGUGCGUGUCUUCCGCAUUUUCAAGCUGAGCCGGCACAGCAAGGGCCUGCAGAUCCUCGGCCGCACCCUCAAGGCCAGCAUGCGAGAGCUGGGCCUCCUCAUCUUCUUUCUCUUUAUCGGUGUCGUGCUGUUCUCGAGCACCGUCUAUUUCGCCGAGGCGGGCUCCGACCAGUCCUUCUUCAAGUCGAUCCCAGACGCGUUCUGGUGGGCCGUCGUGACGAUGACGACGGUCGGCUACGGCGACAUGAGGCCGGUGGGAGUCUGGGGGAAGAUUGUCGGUUCUCUGUGCGCCAUCGCCGGUGUGCUGACGAUCGCUCUGCCCGUGCCCGUCAUCGUCUCCAACUUCAACUACUUCUAUCAUCGUGAGACUGAUCAGGAGGAGAUGCAGUCGCAGAACUUCAAUCACGUGACCAGCUGCCCCUAUCUGCCCGGCACGCUAGGGCAGCACAUGAAGAAGAGCUCGUUGAGCGAGUCGUCGUCUGACCUCGUCGAGCUCGAGGAGGGCCUCUUGGUGACGCGCGACCAAUUGGCCCGCAAGCAGAACUGCAAUCCGCGCCACAACAACAACAUCAACGCCAUGAGCAUCGAGACUGACGUCUGACUACGAGUGACGGAUGCGCUGCGCCCACGGCUGCUCCGCGCCCCGCCGUCCCCGUCACAGUGUGUGCGCGCAGUGCUCCGGACCCUAUCUGAACUGCCUCCGCCUCCGAUUCGGUACUUUUGUAUCUCGGUUGUUUUCGGGUGAGUUAUCCUGCCAAAAAAUAAAACAAAAAGAAGCAUAUAAAGCAACAAACAGAAUAAGCUAAAAUUUAAACACAAAUUCAACCAAAACACGCACGCAUCGAUCGAUGCGCGAAAAACCAUCAAAGCACGAAGAGGAAGUCGAACGAGAAGCGAAGAAGUGAACUAGCAGCGAAAGCGACGACGAAGAAGCAAACAAAAACUAAAACUCUUAGUUAAUAUAAUAUACAAAGAAAAAUGCAUAUAUACAUAUAAAAUAUAAACUAAUUAAAAUUUAUUAAACAAAACACGAUAUAACGAAGAUUACGUACGAUUUCAACAAAAAUAAAACAACAAGAACAAAUCAAACGAGAAACGGAAGAACGUUAACACGACCAGGAUGCGUGGGACACGCGCGACGAAAGCAGUGUGAAUGUGCAGCGCGUCUCAACGAAGAAAUAUCAGGAUGAAGGGCGCUAGCGAGACGUCACAAUCGGAUACACUACCCGCGUGUGUAGCAGUCCUGCUAGGAUCUACUCACAUUACAUUAUGGAUGACUAACGAAGAUAACUUAAUCCAUAAUUAUAUAUUAUACAUUAUAACGUACGCUAAACAAACAAACAAACAAAAACCACAAACAAAAUGGACUUUGAUAUUUCUAAAUAAUAAUUAACGCAAAUAAUUUAAACAUGAAAACGAUGACGAAGACGAUGAAGAAGACGGAUGAGUUUGUGUGCGAUAUGCGCCCCCGAUGCGCGCGCCGCGCACAUGGGAAUCUAAAACAAAGACAUUUGACACGGAACCGCGGGGGGCUCGCGUCGUCGUCACCCCUUGCUUGCCGCCGACGUUAUCUAAACAAUGCAAAGAAAAAAAAACUAGCAAACCCCAUACAGUAUAUCCUCGUUUUAAACCGAACCAGCAGCCCCGGCGAGCACGUCGGGCAGAUGGAAGCCAGCGCCCCCACCAGGAAUUAAGAUGGCCCCCUGUUUCUCCGCGUAAAACUAAUUAUAAUUGCCGCCGUACCGUAUCUCGUAGUAGUGCUCACCCCGAACUCUUUUAGUCGGCACUGUUUUAAGUGCUUGUUGUAUAAUCGGGCUGUGUGAAGCUUCUAAGUAAGAAAAUUUCAAACCAAAAAACAGCAAGUUACGUAAAAACAACACACACGAUAUGACAAGAUUGACAGAUUACCUAAAGAAAUCUUUACCUUUACCUUUUACCUUUGAAUUAUUACGUACGUUUACGAAACGAACAAGCAAAAAAAACAAAAAUAAUAUUAUAUUAAUACCAAAAAACGGAAGAGUAAAAAUUAUAAUUAGGGUUGGAUUAGCUUUAGCCCUCGUUACAUAUCCACCCCCAUCGCGCCACCACCCAAUCUCCCUUGUUCCUCCCGUCGAACACCAUUGCCACCCUCUUAAAUCUCGAUUUUCAACAAGAGCGUGCGGGCGGCGCGCGCCCUAUCCGCUUCCAGCCGCCCCCGGGUCGCCGGCCGGCCCGCGACCCCUUCGCAAUAUAUCACAUUCACUACCAGUUUUCGAACAAACAUCAACAGUUCCAAGAAACGGAUUAUUUGACACACACGAAUGCUGACGAAAGUUGAUGAUUAAUUGUACAACAAAUGACAACUUGUAUCUACGCAAAAUCCACGCCCCUUUAACAAGAACAAAAAAAACAAGUAAAAAUAAAAUGCAGAAGAAGCAGCAGCGAUCCCCGAAAAUGCUACCACCUUACGUACCAGCAACGUAAAAUUAACAACAACUUCGUGCGAGCAAUGUUAAACAAAAAUUAAAUUAAUCAUUACUGUGUAGAUAAUCAAUAAUCAAAAACAAAAAGAAUCGGAAAAGUGAAUAUCCCAAAAAUAACGCAGCAAGCAGCAUCGCAGCCAUUUAUCGAUUAAUUAAUUAAUUAAUUAAAAUGAAACGCAAAAUGAAAAAGCUAUUAAACUUCAGAAGUUACAAAAAACGUUUACUUACCUUAAAUCUUAACGCAAAUGAGAAAAAAACGCAAAGAUUAAUAAAAAAAAACGUAUGGGAUAAGUUUUCAAUAGUAGUUUUUAAUUGUGAAUAAAAACGAGAAUGAAAAUAUGGAAACGUAACACACCAGAAAAAACCAAUAAAUUAUUAGAAAGAUAAAUAAAUUUAAAAUGAAUUUAAAAGAUAAAGUAAUAAAAUGCGAACAUAUAGCGAAAAUGGAGAAAACAAUGAAAAAACAUAAACACCGAAUUCUGUUUUCGUUUUUGUAAUGCGCGACCACCGCCACCACCGACGAAGCGGCCAUCUUGUUGAUUCAAGAUGGCCGCCUCUCAGUCCGACGCAGUGCGCGCACACGGGUGCGACCACCACCUGCAAUUUAAUGUUACGGAUAAUUAAAUUUAAAGAUGAAAAAAUGCAAAAACAAAUAAUAAGAUGAAUGAGGAAAAAAAAGCAUAAUAAAUUGAUGAUAAAAUUGUUGUUUCGUUUUCGCCGCAGAGGGCGGCCUCGCGCGCAUACGCAGUGCGGCGGAGUGCGGAGGAUCCGGCCUCUACCGCGCGCCCGCCCGCGCUUGCGAUCCGAAACGAGCGCGAGGCCGCCGCCGCCACCACCACAUAAAAAAAACACACACCAAAAACUAAAUCCAAACAAAAAACAUUGAAACAAAAAUUCUACAAAAACGUAAAAAGUAUAAUAAAAUACACAAAAAGGAAAUAAAAAAUAAAUACCCACAUGCGCGUCCGACGCCGCUCAUUGUCAUUUAUUUGUGAAUCAGUACGAAUCUAGUCAUGUUUGUUACAAUUUAAAAUAUUUUAUAAAUGUUGAUUAAUAUACGACAUUCCUAUUUCAA